AUGGCCCAGAGAACCCUGUUCGAGUCCACUACCUUCCAGGAGAACAGUGGAAUCAGUGGUAUCAAGGGUCUGUCAGGGAAGGGAAGAGUCGUGACUGAUGAUUCUUCUGAGCUCGGUCAGCAUGAUCGCAAAGAUCAUAUAGAGAAAAACCAUAUGGACAUGUGCAAGUUCUUUGGUGCAAGUGACCCGGAAUAUGAUAAGGUUGCAGGUGAAAUCAAUCGCCAUAUUUUACGAUUACGGCAGGGUACUGACGAGAGAGGGGCAAAUCGAUCUCUUCGGUCGCUUCAGCCAGAGCCCCUUAAAAGUCAUGAGACUUGGAAACGGGAUGUUCUGACGCUGCGGAGGAACCAGUUCGUGAACAGACGCUCAGGUGCAAAAGAGUACUACUUGUUCCACCUUUGCAUGGACGGAUAUCCUCGACUUAUCCUUUUGCAGAGUCUCAUGCCAAAGGACUUUGAGCAUAAUACACUUGAAGCAUUCUACCAGUUUGUGACGUUGAGGUUGAAAACAGAUGACUGGGCAGAGAAAUUGGACCAUAAGUGGGACCUUCAUCACUUUCGGAACUAG